GUCCCCAGAGAGCUCACGGUCUAAUCGGGGAGGCAGAUAUAAAAUAAACUACAGUUUGGGGAAGCAACAUGAGAGGGAAUUAAGUGAAUAGGUGAUGUUGGAGUGGCAAUAGGGAGGAAUAGGGUGGGGAGGUGAGAUUAAUCAGUGAGGGCUUCCUGGAGGAGGUGCAACAUCAGGAGUGCUUUGAGGGAGGGUGUUGGUUUGCUGGAUGUGAAGGGCCAGGGAGUAUCAGCAGGGAAGGUCCGUAGCUAGAGAAACAAAAGCGAGGCCCAGUGAGAAAGUCUGGCUUUAGAGGAGCAACGCGUAGGAGAGGAGUGAGAGUAAAGAAGGGGGAGAAAGAGAAUUGAUUAACUUUAAGCAAAUGGUCAGGAAUGCUGCCUGAUGCACAGAGCACUGAGCAACUAGACGUGCACGAGAUGUUUCAGAAAAAUGACCUGGGCUGCAGUGAGAUGCCUAGCCUGGAGAGGCUGCAGGAAAGGAGGUCCGAGAGGAUGGUGAGGCAGUACUAGAAUCGCGACCUGACAGUCGCUUGGACCUCUGUGGCAACAGCUGGGUUGGAGGGAAGGGGCGGGUUCUGGAGAUGUGAAGAAAGAACUGGCCGGAUUUGGUGCCUGACUAAAUAUGAGCGGAGAAAGAGAGAGGAGUCAAGAAUAAUGUUAAGGUGAUGAGCUUGAGAGAUGGGGAGGGUCAACAGUGACGAGAAAGGCACGGGGAGGAGAUGAUUUGGGAGGAAAAAGGAGUUCUGUUUUGAAUAUGCAAGUGCACGUUGAACAAUUUCCCUUCCAACUGCUGUUCUUCUGUCUCCCCUUCCUGCUCCCGACACGAGAUUUACUGGAUUCUUCUCAUGCAAAUGGAACAGAAGAUGCUCCUGCCUGAAUUUUGACUCCUCCCCUAGGAACCUGCACUGUUGAAAUUAGCUUGAAACUCCUAUUCCUGGAGAAGCCAUAACAUCCUACUUGAAGAGGAAUGAUGGAAAAAUGGAACUUGAUGACAGUAGCGGUCUUAAUUGGACUAACUGUUCGGUGGACGGUCUCUCUGAAUUCUUAUUCAGGAGCUGGAAAACCCCCUAUGUUUGGAGAUUAUGAAGCUCAGAGGCACUGGCAAGAAAUUACUUUCAAUUUACCCAUUAAACAGUGGUACUUUAAUACCAGUGACAACAAUUUGCAGUAUUGGGGAUUGGAUUAUCCACCUCUAACAGCUUACCACAGUCUAUUAUGUGCUUACGUGGCACAGUUUAUAAAUCCAGAAUGGGUUGCUCUCCACUCAUCACGCGGAUAUGAGAGUCAGGCACACAAACUCUUUAUGCGCACAACAGUUUUUAUCGCUGACUUGGUCAUUUACGUACCUGCCGUUGUAUUAUACUGUUGUUAUUUAAAAGACAUUUCGCCCAAAAAAAAGAUUGCUAGUGCCCUCUGCAUAUUGCUGUAUCCAGGCCUUAUCCUUAUCGAUUAUGGACAUUUUCAAUAUAACUCUGUGAGUCUUGGCUUGGCUCUGUGGGGGGUUCUUGGUCUGUCUUAUGACUGGGACCUUCUUGGAUCACUGGCAUUUUGCUUGGCCGUCAGUUAUAAGCAGAUGGAACUUUACCACUCUUUGCCAUUCUUUUGCUUUCUGCUGGGCAAGUGCUUCAAGAGAGGCCUGAAAGGAAAUGGGUUGUUACUCUUUGUCAAACUCGCGUUCACGGUGAUCGCUACCUUCAUCCUCUGCUGGCUGCCGUUCUCGACCAGAGCCGAUCAGACCCUGCAAGUACUUAAGAGACUCUUCCCAGUUGAUCGUGGAUUGUUUGAGGAUAAAGUCGCCAAUGUUUGGUGUAGUUUAAAUGUUCUUCUAAAGGUAAAACACAUUAUGACAACCCAUAGCCAGCUGAAGCUCAGCUUCGCCCUAACAUUUCUGAGCCUGCUCCCCACUUGUAUAAAGUUAACCCUCCAGCCGUCUCUCAAAGGAUUUAAAUUUACCCUGGUGAGCUGUGCAUUAUCGUUCUUCCUGUUCUCCUUUCAAGUACAUGAAAAAUCCAUUCUUUUGGUCUCACUACCAGUCUGCUUAAUUCUAAAUGAAAUUCCUUUUAUGGCUACCUGGUUUUUACUCAUAUCAACCUUUAGCAUGCUUCCUCUUCUGAUCAAGGAUGGGCUGCUGAUGGCCUUUCUUGUGACCAUGGGAGCAUUUUCCACCGUCUGCGUGGCUUCCCUUUCUAUCUUAGACAAGACCUCUGAAGAGCAUCUGCAGCUAAAAUCCUUUUCCCUGUUUGCAAGCAGAUACAUUCCUUGUUUCAAGUUUCUUGCCAAGAAGAUCAAAAAUGGGUUCUAUAUCUCGCUCCUGUCCAUGGGCAUCCUGACGUUGCUGAGCGCCACUCUGGAUCCUCCACAUAAACUGCCAGACUUAUUUUCUGUUCUGGUGUCCCUAGCCGCCUGCUUGCACUUCCUCUUCUUCCUGGUGUAUUUUAAUAUUGUAAUUAUGUGGGAUCACAGAAAUGGAAGACAUCAAAAGAAAAUCAGCUAACGCUCUCUUCAGGAAUGAAUAAGACCCAACCAAUUGUGGAAAGGUAGCCAGGCCUGGUUUGCAAGAGCUCAGCUGGAGAUAGGCAGCUGAAAAGUCAUUUUAGGAAUCCUGUGUGAAGGGUCGGGGAACACUGUAUUAAGACUGAAAAUAAAUACGCGGACCAGUCAGUAAGAUUUUUUGAUCUCUUCCCAGCCAAGCUGAAGGAUUUUGUCAAGACGGGCAGCUGGCUGAAAGAGGAGGAGAGAGGAAAAAAAAAAAAAGGCUAAGUGUGAUCGGUAUAUUUACAGUGGAGAUCGUCAGGAAAGUCCAGUCCUGUUUCUUACUUAAACUGCUCUUUUACUGUUUGAAUUCAAACCCACAGGCCUGGGCAAAGAAGAGAAUAGAGGCCAGGACUAUCCUACUUUUGGAUCAGUUCAAGGUUUUUGAUCAUGUAAGUGAACUUUUCCCUCUCACCUUAGUAUAGUUUUUUUGAGCACACAUUUUCCAGGAGUGGGGUAUUUUUUCCUAGCUAAAAGACUUGGCCACUUUUGAAUGAGCUCUAAGCAUGCGACCCAAACUGUGCAAUUAAAUGAAUUUUCCCAGAAUGUAAGAUGACAGCGGCGGGGGGGGCGGGGGGAAAUAAUUGGAAGAAUUCAUGGUUGUUGCUGCCCAGUGGACUCUGUCUCUCCCUCUCCCUCCCAAGACCAUUGUGUUUACAUAAGUCAAACCGCC